CGUAAAAUAAACGUAAAUAAAUCCGUUGUUAUGACUGGCAAACAUCCGAGUGGACUAUGAGGAGUAACUUCGGUGCACAUAUGUGUUGGAUCUCGUUAAGCUCUCCCCUCCGUCGUCAUGGGCUACAUGGUUAAUGGCUGCAGGUGCUUUACUUUGACUUUGUGCCUUUACUAAUGAUUCCAGGUGAGGCUCUCAGAUGGAGGCGGCUGUGUGUGAGGAGGUGCGGGGAGGUCGUGAGGAUGAUGAGGAGGCAGGGGCCGAUGAAGCCAUGCUGUGGUCCGUCCAGGAGGCUCUGGAGAUGCAGACCCUGCAGAUCGGAGCGUCCGCCUGCGGGGCCACGGCUGUGGUGGACGUGCUGAAGGCGCUCGGAGUAGACGUGACCCCGGAGGAAGCUGACCGCUGCGUCCAAACGCGUCUGCGGAGGAACGAGUCACCGUUGCCGGACUACCUGCUGUCCCGCAGUGAAGCUGGUGCGACUCACAUCCAGCUCAUCCAGGGAGCGCAGGAGGCCAGCGGAGGCAAGGUGACGGGCCGAUUCUUCCACCUCCACCCUCGCAGGCGAAUCAGACUGGUCCCCUGGCUCGCCCGCUGGAUCCGAAAAGGCGCUGUUCCCGUGGCGACCAUGAACAUGCAGCUGGCUGUACCCGAGGGUGAGGAGGUUCCCGACGCCUGGCACCACCAGCUCAUAUUCGGGGUCACAUCCAACGCUGUCUUUAUGACCAAUCCUUUAGAUGUAGUAAGCGAGGGAGAGGUGCACCAGCGACUCUGCAGUGAAUCCGUGUUGCUGGUUCGUCGAGAAGACGUGCUGCAGCGACUGACGCCCGACUGCUCCCUGUCGGGCCUCUCGGAAAGCCAGUCUGACCCACGGUGGAAGGCCCUGGAUGUCGAGGGUCAGGUGAGGCAGAUGGCCACGGAGGAGGAAGGAGAAGGAGAAGAAGAAGAAAACAAUCAGCCCAAGAUGACUCACAUCAGGAUCCCUGCAGCGUACAGCUCAGGCGUCACAUUGUUUGCCAUAAGAGAGUCAGAAUUGGGACAAGAACUCCUCGAUGCUCCUGAACUCCCUCUGUUGUGACCGCACUGCCACAUGUGGAUGGACUUAAAGCUUGAAGAUCUAUUUAUACUAUCAAUAACACUUUGUAUUGAUCCAAAUGUUUAAGAUCAGCAGAUUUAAAUCAAAGCUCAAAGUGAACUCUGACUUUCUGUCCAUUUUUCUGUGGCAAUCUUGAUUAGAAAUCACAUUUUAAGAGAUAUACGUGUUUGUAUCUUUGUUUUAAAGACAACAUUAUUAAAAGCCCCCACCCUGCUCGCAGCCCUUAUUUGCUAACUUUACACAUCUCCAUGUUAACUUCAGGAUUGACUUUCAGAAUUUAUUGAUCGCUUGCAAAAAGCAAUAAAUGGCACAGCUCCAGCAUGUAUUUCAGAGCUGUUAUGUGCUUUUGUGAAGAAGCUUCUAUCAGCAGGUUAAUCUCCCGUGAUUGCUUCCAAAGCCAUAUUAAAAGUGAUGGAGUCGCUGCAGUCAGGGCGCUACAAAUUGCUACAGUCGAGAAGGAAAAAACUGUCACACUUGCAUGAAAAGUGGAUUCUUUUGUAUAACUUAUUAUGUUGUGUUUGUUAUCGCAGCUUGAUAUGGCUGUGAUCUUUCCUAAAGUUUGUCAGUGUUUCCUGAAUCAUUUUUUAGAAGCUAUGAUCAAAAUUAAAGAAUUUGUGGAUAAAAAGAUAUUUUUUAAUAAGCCUGUAUUAGGUUAACAUUAUAGGGAUGUCAAUAGCAUUAUGUAAUGGUUUGAAUGUAAAGUUCAGAAGUUUGCAUAAACUACCCAUGAGGAUGAAUCUCAUGGUAAUUUGGGCCUUUUAAGUAUUUAUUUAAACUGUUCUUUUUCCAGGGUGGAAUGAUUGUACAGUAUACAUCUUUAGUAACUUGUACAAGUUUGAAUUUCUUUAUGAUUUUCUCUAAUCCACACGGGCUAACAACAUGCAUAUACCUCUACUAAUAUUUGGUUAAAUGUCCCUAAGCAAGUUGCGCCUCAGCCAGAUGCUUCUGUUAGUCAUCAACAAUCUUCUGGCAUAAUUCUGGGCAAAUAUUUCACCACUCUGGCAGAAUUGGUAUGGAAUUGAGUUCAGUUAAAGUGGUUUGCUUCUUGGCAAAGCACAGGUUUUAACCCUUGUCCACAAAUUUUCAGCAGGGUUAAGGACAAGGCUUUGGGAAGACUUUCAGAAGCUUAAUGGUAGUCUGCGUUAUCUAUUCAAAAUGCACGUUUCAUGUAUUUGACAUCAUUUACCUGUUGGAACGCCCACAUUUCAGCCUUCUAGCAGUUCUAGAAGGAAUUGAGCAUAAUUAAUAGAUGUACAGAAUUCAAUUUCAGGUAUUUGGCGAGUAGACUCCAAUGUCCCAGCACAGCAGAACGUAACCCCAUCUGUGAAAGGGAUUAGAGCAGGACACCCCUGGAGUCUAGACGCUGGUGGUAGAGAUAGAUGGAGGCUUGAAUGAUGAGUGAGAAGCAGUGAUGGGGGGGAGGUGGGUUGCAAAUAGGCGUCUGCAAAGAAUGACAGAUGUGCAGUGAGAUUUGAAGUAGUAUUAUAAGUAGUAUUUGAAGUUUGUUUCUUUUGUAUUUCGUUUACUGAGUUGUUUUGUGUUUUCUAUGUCUUGAUUUAUAGGUUUAUUUUGAUUUAGUGGAAGGUUGCUCCACUACGCUUGUUGUGGGGGCUAGGCACGUGUGGUGGAAUUCCCUCUGAUGCAUGUGAGCGUACACACCGGGAAAUGGGUAUUACGCACCAUUUAAGUUGCAGUGAGGACUGCAGACAGACUACACGGGAUCAUUUUCCUGAACCUUGUUAUUUUAAGUAAUGUUUGUAAAUAACGUGUCUUAAUUAACGGUUCGGUAUUCCCAGCCCUGCUACUUAAGAAGUUCUUUUUUUUGCAGCUCUA